AUGCAUUUCUCUUCCGUCGUAUGGGUGCCGUUGUUUGCAUUGUCAACGGCAGCUUAUACGCCAGCUUCCACGGCCAACACAGACCAAUUAGCAGCUGAUGCUCUUUCCAACCUUGCCACUUGGGCUGCUGACGGCAAUCUAAAUGGCACCUGUACUCUGGAAAAUGCCGCAGUUCGAAAAGAGUGGGGCAACUUAACAGAAACUGAAAGAAGUAACUACACUAGUUCUGUUCUUUGCUUGAUGGCACUGCCGGCCAAGACGGAUGCUACUAUAGUUCCCGGUGCAAAGUCUCGUUAUGAUGAUUUUCUCUACCAGCACAUCAACCAAACCUUGACAAUCCAUGGCACUGCGAACUUCCUGUCCUGGCACAGAUGGUUCGUAUACACUUAUGAGCAAGCUCUAAGAAAUGAGUGUGGUUAUACGGGCUACCAGCCAUACUGUAAGAUAAACCUGAAUCCCCAUUCUGCUCGUGGCCUACGGCACUUUUCUCUCGUCUAUACCAUGUACUUCAAAGCCCCAGGGAACUGGGGCAGAUGGGCAGCGGAUCCUGUUAAUUCGCCUAUUUUUGAUGGAGGAGACUACAGUUUGAGUGGCAAUGGAGUUUACGAAGCCCACAAUUGCACCGAGGGGUUGCCUACCGAUCUCAACUGCAUUCCUGCAGGAUCGGGUGGCGGAUGUAUAUACUCCGGACCGUUCAAGAAUUCGACCGUACAUCUUGGUCCGGUAGAUCCAACACUUGCCGAAUCCGAGAUCGUCUCAAACAACGGCACAAUCUACAACCCAAGAUGCUUGAAGCGAGAUGUGUCCAGCUGGGUUUCAACUCGGUGGACUACCGAAGAGAACUCCACAGCCCUCAUCACAGAAAACUCUGACAUAGACUCGUUCCAAACUACUAUGCAAGGCAAUUUUACCGCGGGGACUUACGGUGUCCACGGUGGCGGACACUUCACAAUCGGUGGCGACCCAGGUGGAGAUAUUUACACGUCUCCAGGUGAUCCCGUGUUCUGGCUCCACCACGGUCAAAUCGACAGGACCUGGUGGAUUUGGCAAAACCAGGAUAUUGCCAGCAGACAAGAUGCGAUUUCGGGAACAAUCACUAUGGACAACUCCCCUGCGAGCCGAAAUGGCACUCUGGACGAUACCCUUUAUCUCGGAGUCAAUGCAGAUACUAUUGCAAUUAAGGAUGUCAUGAGCACUGUGGAAGGUCCAUUUUGUUAUAUUUAUAUGUAA